AUGCAAUUUGUGUAUGUACUCCCUGGAUGGGAGGGUUCAGCUGGGGAUUCACGGGUAUUAAGCGAUGACAUAACUCAAAAAGGAGGAUUAAAGGUUCCGCAAGGAUGUUAUUACCUAUGUGACAACGGACACGCAAAUAGCAAUGGGUUUUUGACGCCUUACAAGGGUGUACGUUACCACCUAAAGGAGUGGGGUCCCGGUAAUGCGGCACCGCAGAACCCAAAAGAGAUGUUUAACAUGCGGCACACUAAAGCUAGAAAUUUCAUCGAGCGUGCGUUUGCUGUUUUGAAGAUGCGGUGGGGCAUUCUACGUUGUGCAUCGUAUUACACUAUCAAAACGCAGAUAUGGUUAAUAAUGACAUGUUUUCUAUUGCAUAAUUUCAUACGAGGAGAGAUGCCUACCGACCAUAUCAAAGCCCAAUUUGAUGGGAAUGUUGACUACAACUCAAACAUUCCCGACGCAGAAGGAGCUAAGUUUGUUGACCAUGUUGAACCCUCGUCCGAAUGGACACAAUUUCGUGAUAAUUUAGCCAACGCAAUGUGGAUCCACGGUCAACGUGUUUGA